AUGGGUCACGCCAGUAUUUAUCAUUCCCAUCCGAAGAACUAUGGUCAAGGGAGCCGUUGCUGUCGAGUUUGCGCCAAUAAACAUGGACUUAUCCGAAAGUAUGGUCUGAAUAUGUGCAGACAAUGUUUCCGUAUGUACGCCAGUGUGAUUGGCUUCCGAAAGCUUGAUUAA